GUUUCAUAAAAAUAUUGAAAUUUUUUCGUAAUCUGACGAGCAAUCCAAGCUUUAAUCGAGUAUCAUAGACGUAUAAUUAAAGAAAAAGAAAAUGAUUUUAUUUUGCAGAGUCAUAACCGGAACUAGCAGUCCACAUUUCCGUGACUUUACCAGUGGACCGUGUCCCAGUCAAAACAAUGCAGCCGCGCUGGCCUGCUGCUGCAGCUGCACUUAGCUUUAAAUCUCCAGCAAAUUAUUAACGUCUGCGUGCAGUCAGCCCACCGCCUGGUGCUUCUCCUCGGCGGGGUUACGUCGAGUCACUCCUGCGGUGAUUUCUCCCCUCAGCUGUGCGCAUUUAGGCGUUUAUUCGUGGGUGUUUCUCAUCGAGUUCACGGCGACGGCUGGAAAUGGAAACUGCUAACAGGCGUCUGCUGCUAGGUAGCCUGAGAGUAGUGGAGGGGAGCGGCUAAAAACAGGGAUUUUUUUUUUUUUUCCCUUUCUUGUGGAAAAAAGGGAGUAUAAGCGAGUUAAACACGCUCCCGGUGGUUUUGCCUUUUAGCAUGGUGGGGUAGGAGGCUCCAGCGUUGAAACUAUCGGGCUCAUCCGACCUACCGACUCACAGCUCGCUCUCACCCCGGGGAGGCUCGUCAUGGCCCCGGGAUCGCUGGUGGCGGCCUGCCGCAGCCUGGCCCUCUCUACGUGGCUGCUCUCCUUCUGCUUCGUCCACCUGCUGUGCCUGGACUUCACCGUGGCCGAGCGGGAGGAGUGGUACACCGCCUUCGUCAACAUCACCUACGUGGACCCGGCCACCUCGGAGCUGCGCACCGAGAAGACUGAGUGCGGGCGAUAUGGCGAGCACUCUCCGAAGCGGGACGCCAAGGGGGUGUUGGUCCUGCCCGCAGCACCGCUCGACCGCCAGGCCUGCGACCCCAACACCCGCUUUGCGGUGCCCGCUCAGGCCGGGGCCUGGGUGGCGCUCAUAGCCCGGGGCAACUGCACUUACAAGGACAAGAUCCGCCACGCUGCAGCCCACAACGCCUCUGCGGUGGUCAUCUUUAAUGUGGGCUCCACCAACACUAACGACACCAUCACCAUGCCUCACUCAGGUGUGAGCGAGGUCGUCGCCAUCAUGAUCCCGGAGCCAAAAGGCCGUGAGAUCGUAUCGCUGUUGGAGCGAAAUGUGACUGUCACCAUGACGAUCACCAUCGGGACGAGGAACCUGCAGAAGUACGUGAGCAGGACGUCUGUGGUGUUCGUAUCGAUCUCCUUCAUCGUGCUGAUGAUCAUCUCCCUCGCCUGGCUCGUCUUCUACUACAUCCAGAGGUUCAGAUACGCCAACGCGCGAGACCGGAACCAGCGGCGUCUUGGUGACGCAGCGAAGAAGGCCAUCAGUAAGCUGCAGCUUCGCACCAUCAGGAAGGGCGACCAGGAGACCGAGCCCGACUUUGACAACUGUGCCGUCUGCAUCGAGGGCUACAAGGCCAACGACGUGGUCCGCAUCCUGCCCUGCAGACAUUUGUUUCAUAAGAGCUGCGUGGAUCCGUGGCUACUGGACCACCGCACAUGUCCCAUGUGCAAGAUGAACAUCCUGAAAGCUCUGGGCAUCGCUCUGAACGCAGACUGUCUGGACGACCUGCCUCUGGACUACGACCUGGACCUGGGCCGUGUAAGUGGGGUGGGCGGCGUUGGGGCUCUGGCACUAGAAGCGGUGGUGUCCGGGGCAUCCAGCGACGGCACGCUGAGCGAGGGCGGCUCCUCUGUGGUGCUGGACCCCGGCGUGCGGCGGGUGGGGCUCCCACAGGACUACCAGGACCCUGACACCCUGAGGGACAGCCCUGUGACCGCCACCACAGACACCCACACAGGUGAGCUCCAGCCAAUGGCGAGCAGCGCCUCAGUGGCAUCAUUUGUCAUCGCUGUGGAAACGGGUCUGUCAGAUGAGGAAUUGUCUUUGGAGCAACCUCAGUUGGUGGACAAGUCCUGAGAGCAGCACAGCAGAACCUAACCAGAACCAGCCCAAACCAGACUCUAAUCAGGUUCAGAUUAGCUAAAUAACAGACCUGACUGUUAUAUAAAAAAACAAAACAAAAUGAUGAAAGAGAAAAAAAAUGUAUCUGAACCAAACCUGACCGCAUUCGACUGAGCUAAACCUGAGCUAGGCCUAGGAUCUGGUUCUGGUUUUCUCUGUUUCCAAGUGGAUGCUAAACCCAGAUCCAACACCAGGGUUCUUCUGGGCUCGUCUACAUGGAUAUGUGAUACAAGAUUUCGCCAAACCAACUUGUCUGGACCAGAAAUAUUGGAACUAAGUUAAGUGGGUGUUUCCAGUGUGUCUCAGUCCUUUCCUUGGUUCUUGAUUUAACCAGGUUUUUUCUCCAGUGCAACUCAGUCUGCAGAUGUCUUGGUUAAAUGCAGCUCUGCCUCAGUUUCUAAAAACAGCCAGACUCGCAUCUUGAUAUCCUUACGAACCUUUCGUUGACCCUGACAAGCUUCCGCAGUAUAGAUCGAGUCCUUCAUUUCAAAUGCCACCAAACUUUUCAAGACUUUUUUUGGUCUCCUGACUUUGAGGACUUUCAAGCAGCAUUAGGUUGUAUUUCUGUAUGCAGUCCGUGAAUAUAGAUUAAGGUUUUGUUCGGUAACUUUUCUCUGGAUCUCCUGGAAUAUUCUGUUACCUGGUUUUCCCGAAUAGGGAAGCACAACAGCUAAACCAAUCAUGAUGGACUGCUCGCUUCCUCUCCAGGUCCGCAUUAUUAGAAAACUCUGUUAAAUCUGCUUAUUUUAAUUUGCCUGCAAAAAGGCCAGGCACUGUUUCGUGAUGUGUGUGUGAGUAUCUGCGGUGGAUGAUUUACAUUUUGCAAAGGUGGACAUUUAUUUUGAAAGGACACAAGCUACUCUGAGCAGUGGCUUUUUUUCAGUCUGUAGUUUAUGUAAAGAGGUAGCUUUGUCCUGAAAUAAUUACUACCACAGUUUGACUGCAGUAUUGAACGGCAAUUACACGCAGUAUUGUUUUAUUUUAAUUUCCCCCCCUUUUUCCCCGUCUGUGUUAUUCUAGGCUUCGUUAUCUUAACAAUACUCUGACAGUAUUUAGUUUGGAUGCUUUCUGUCCACAGUUGGGUUUCCAAACAGGGUUCCUAUGUUUGUCUGCAAGAGCGAUGACGUUUAAACCACAUUUUGGUUUGUAGAUUACGGUUCUCCACAGAAAAUUCUGGAUUGUUGUAGCGGUGGCAUUUCAGUACAAGAGGUUCAUAUGGAGGCAAUACAUCGUGCACCCUGGGUAAUCGGGUCAAUAGACAUCCUGUUAUGUUUCAAUCAGCUUUCAAAAUAUUUAAAACAGUCAGACCUUAGAAGGUGAAAACAAUUUCAGAAAAUGGGAUGAAAAUGUGACAUUUUUGAGAUUUCUUCUUCAAACCCAUAAUCACAAAAUACAAUUGCAAUAAAGGUAGCAGUCGAGUCCAUACUUCGGCCAGUGCCGGGUCAGAUAAUGUUUUUAUUGGCAUGCCAUUUGGGAAAAUUCUAUCACCACGGUGCACGAGAAGGGAAUAACAGAAGUUUAAAAACUCCAACGCUUGCAGUCGCUGUGCUGUAUUCCUUUAACAUCAGAAGUUCGAGUUGGGAUCGAAGUUUAGAGUUAACCACGUUCCAGCUGUAGUAGUUGGAAUGACGGGCUUAUUUUGUUCCCUAGCAAGGUAGAGUAAUUUGGCCAUAAACAGUGAAUUUGUAAUCUCCGACUUCUCUGAGGUGAACGUGAGAUUUUCAGCUUCAGGUGGAACACAGCACGGGGACGGUUUGUUGUGGUUUGUGACCUCUGACGAACUCGUUGGUCUAAAACGGUUGUUGGAGAUUCCUACUUUUUGGAUCAACUCCAGCUACAAGAAGUAUUUUGUUGCAAUUUUUGCAUUGAUUAGUGUGCAAUUAAUGUAGAACUGAUUUUAAUUAGGAAUGAGGUAUCAACGUCUGCCCAGCCUUUAAGGUACACAGUGGAAACUCUUCCCUUGUCAUUCUUCCGUCGCCUUAACCUUAACUAAGCAAACUUUGUGGCAGUCAUACAUCCAAAUGCCACGUAGGAACCCUGUCUAUAGCGUUGCCUUGUUUUGCUGUUUGACUGUCCAGCCGUCUAUCCGUCUGCCUGACCACACGUGUCUGUUACCAUGGCCUCAUGCUGCCUUUUUUUUCCUUCUUUUUUUUUUUUAAAGACACAUUUACCUUUAAACCCUGACAAUCAAGGAUUGGGUCCUUUACUUGCUAGUCAGGGAUCCUCUCUCUGAACCUUAGGAAACCUAAGAAGCGCUUUCAAAUCUGCAGUCAGCACACCACACAGUAGAGGUUAGAUACUAUUACUACUUCCACAGAUCAAGAAAUCAUCAGCACCUCCUGUGAAUUAAAGUACCUGGCAUAGAGAAAUCCUUUUAGAGCUUUAGAGACAGAUUUGUGGAAACGCGUUUCAUCAGGAUGUGUUCAUCAGCUCAAAGCCGAACAUGUAAAUAAAUAAAGUAUAUAACACAAGUCCACUUUGCCACAUGGCAUCACUGUCAGUUUGUCAAAUUGGUACGCAGACUGUGUAGGGCUGCGGUCGCAUUGUGGUGUCGGUGGCACCACGAGAUUCCCGAAAAUGAGAAAGAUUGUUGUCUAUUUUGAUACCAGAGGAGACGUUUAUUUUUGUAAAAAAGACUGAUUUCCUUCCCACCCUCCCGAGUCUACCUGUUGCCUGGAUGAUUCUCAAUGUGAUUGAGCAUUGACCAAUUAUUAUCGAUUAUUUGUAUAAUUGUACAUACAGUUUGCAAAGGACCUUGAUGCUAUGAGCCUAAACUGUUGUUAUAAGCUUCUCUGUAAAAGGUUUUGGGUCUGAUUUGUUUUGUUUUUUUUCUUUCCCCUCUCCUCUUUGCUGUAACCUGAUGAAAAGUGAGAGAAAUGAGACCAAAGGGCAGACUGGAAAACCAGCGCUAUACUGGUCCACCAGGCAAACUGGAUCGUAUGAGAACUUCCAAUGCUUAAAUAAGAAGACAUAAAAAAUUUAAAUGUUGUGCAAGGAAAAAAUAAAAUAAAAUCUUGUCCUGACAAGAGUAAAAGACUAAAUUUAAGUCUUGUGUUUAUUGUUUACUUGUCUUUUAAAACUAAUUAAAAGGAAAUGCAAUUUGAUGAACAGACUGAUAUUUGGAAAUUCGAGCUGGUACAAAUUUGUCUUCAGUCCUCCCAGUGGCUUCUUUUUCUCUCAGAUUCUCAAUGAAGCAGAAUUUAUGUUGUGAAAUUCUCCGACUUUAGUUCCAAGACUUCACCUUUCCUGUCUUCAUGGUUCAGCUUCAAACCUGAGAAAUUAGUCCACACUAAGAUCCACCAGUCACCAAGUAUCCUGUAAACACUAGCUGACUGAAUCUAGAAUGGUGGAGGGCUGAUAACACAUGAAGAUGACUGAUUUGUAUGCCUUGUCCUGGCCUAUUUUCAGUGAGUGAUGUUUUAAUUAAAGUUGCUUUGUGUUAUAAGCUUUAA